GUCCAGGGGAAAGUUCUGCACUGUUCUAUACGACCCUGACGCAACUUGUUUGGCGUAAGGAAUUCGAAAUGAAUCUUGUCGCGUUGGUGUUGUACUUCGCUGUACUGAUUGACACUUUUGUCGAAAGCCACGUCAAGCUUACAUAUCCACCUGCAAGACAUUAUGAAUUCGAUUUUCUGGACGAUGUUUCCACCUUGCCGCCCUGCGGAAUGCGGUCAGAUGCAGAAAGCCCAGUGACUACAUUUGAAAAAGGCCAAGUAAUUAACGUUACAUGGUUCCUAUCCGUGGCCUAUGCACACGAGGGUGGGUACAAGAUUGAACUUCUUGACGGAGAUACCAUCCACGCGUUGUCACCUGUUGAUGCCUUUAUACUGAGUGAAGAUUCUACUCGGGAAUACUAUGAGGUCACUCUCCCAGAUGACGUUACUUGUGACAAAUGCACCAUACGUAUAAUUAGACAAGCUUUAGAGUACAAAAAUGGCAUUGGUAAAAACUUCUGGACGUGUGCUGACAUAUCAAUCCAAGACAAUGCUCAGUGUGAUUGCUCGGGUCAUGGCGCAUGCUCAGAAGACACGUGUACAUGUGAUGGAUUGUAUUAUGGGGAUGAUUGCCAAUACCAGGAUGAAUGUGAUAGCGAUGACGAUUGCAACAACGGCAGGUGUUGGAAUGUGCAAUCAUCGCCUAUCUUUAGGAAACAGUGUUUCUGUGAGCCAGGAUACCAUGGCGACAAGUGUACACAAGAAAAUCCCGCUGGUUUUUCUGCGGAAAUCGAUGACAGUGAAUACUACCACCUUCAACUGAGUGAACUUGCCGACUUAUACUGGAAAAUAAUUGAGGAUUCUUCUGAAAUUGAAGUGGCUCUAAAGGUACAAGGACAAAGUUGGAUUGCAUUGGGAUGGAAACCAACAGAUCUGACACACGAAUGUAUGAAUAUUCCCUUGGGUUACGAUGGGUACGAAGACAGAGACGCCGAGGGAAAGCGAAAAAGACGCGAAGAAGAACGACCAUUGAAAGGAAUGGAGUGCGCAGACAUGGUAAUCGGCAUGGCGGUGGAAGGAACCCAUCAUCGGAUUGGUGAUUUCUAUUCACGUGACCUUGCUACGCCAAAUACCGACCAAUGGUUCGGCGGCACCUAUGAACUCACGGCCGCGAUAGCCAAACAAGAAAAUUACAUCACAACUGUUAAAUUUAGAAAGCCUCUCCAAGCAAAUGAAGUCUAUGACCACAGCAUUGUGAACGAGGACAUGGCAGUUAUUUGGUCGCGUGGCCAGGAAGUCGGAAGUUAUCAUCCUCCACCAGCCAAUCACGAACCCAAUAAGGAAUUCUACAAAAUAGAUGAACUACGAUGGCAUGGCCAUGAUACGUCGCAGAGAGGCGCUGUUGUGAUGAAUUUCUAUGUUGAUCCUGAUGACUUAUUGUCGGGUCUCUGCCAAGGUGAAUGGAAAACACCAACCGAUUGUGCAGGAGAUGCAUGUGAAUACAGUGUGACUUGGUCAUACGAUGACGUCAGUGAUGACGUAACGUUUGAGAUAAUAACAAGCAAUGGUGGUAAUAAUAAAUGGACCGGAAUUGGAUUCUCGUUGGACAAACACAUGCCUAAGAGUGACGUUGUGAUUGGCUGGGUUGGCGAUGACGGCAGCGGAAAUACAACAUCAGUUUAUAUAUACGAUGGUUGGAUCGACUCAUACAGUGGUGGCGCUGUUGUGGAUGAUAGCGAACACGUCACAUUGAAAACUGGCAUUGUGGUGGAUGGGAUGACAACCGUCGCGUUCAAGAGGAAACGAAAUACUGGUGACGAACAGGAUGUUGCAUUGGACGGUACGGGAGACGAUUGUGCUUAUUUCUUCUAUGUUGUAAAUGGUGGAGGGUUCGACUCAGUAACUAACACAAUCAGUAAACACGCACAUACCCCGGUGGUCAGUUCACAACGCGUGUGUGUUAAUAAAUGCGAAGCUCAGCCAAUCAGUGGUGCUCCUCCCAUGGUCGCAAUUGGUUCGAAUGUAUUAGUUUUUAUAAGCACGUUUUUAAUGAACUAUCAUUUUGUUCAUGAAUAAUGCAUCAAUACGGAUACGUGUACUAUACAUAUAUGUAUAACUUUUUAAAAUGUAAAGCAUUCAUAGCCAUGUAACGUUUUCAUAGCUUUGUAUUUCACCAAUUUUACAGUGAGUGCACAUUCGUUAUACCGUCAUAGACAAUUAUAGUACUCUUGAAAUAUUUUUUUUUAUUUCGCUAAAUACAUAAUAAAUAAUUAUUUAUGUAUAAUCGAAUUAAAAAGCACAUAAAAGAGCCUUCUAUUAAAUAAUAAUUUGGUGAGAGUCAUUGGAGUAAUCCACUAGAUUAAUUGAAUCCAUGAUAACAAUAUUAAUGAAUACAUUUAUUUAUUGCACCUCUGAAAAUAUGUAUUUUGACUUCUGAUGUUAUAAUGACCUAAAAACAUCAUGAUAUUUACAUUUGUGUUCGUUUGUUUUGUUUUUUUGUUUGUUUUUGUUGUCGCAUUAAAUAUUCAUUUUGCAGUUUCAUUCAGAAAACACCUACAACGAUUUGCACGCACUGGGAUCAUAAAAUUAUUAUUUGAAUAAAAUACACUUUAUAUGUU